GGAAGACGUACAUAAAUUUUUCGUAGAUCAGACGGUCACUGGCUCAUUUCCUUCUUGCUCCAGCGAAGGUUCGAAUCCUUUGAGCUGGCCCUUUUCUCCCGUUUUUUUUUCGACCUCCAUCUUCAUCAUGCUCUGUGUUUCGAGUCAUCGACUACUUUGCAGAUGUUUUGAUGAUAAUGGCUAAUGAAUUUUGCAGAAUUUUACAUUCGAAACACUCACGAACUCCAUGGAUCCAGGAUUGCCCCCUGUUCAGCCAUCAUCAACAAGAAAGGUUAGGUUUGCUCCUAAGCCACCUCCUCGCAGAGCCAAGAAUACCGAACUAAAAACAGAAGCAAGCCAGAAAGGUGUAUCUGAUGCGGUAGUUCCUAGUGGUCGUCUUCUCCGCCGACUCAAUGAGCACCUGGGUGGACGGAAAUCUAAUGAUACCGUAAAGAAGGAAGUUCAAUUUGUAUUUCCUGAAGAAGGGGCAUCAUCAGCUCCGACAAGGAGACAUCUAAUUCCCGGAGAUGAGAAUACUGAUGGUAGUACACGAUUUGAUGGUUCUGCUGAUGGUGAGAAGAGCAUGUAUGUCAAUGAUGAAAACAUGACUAAGAAGAAAAGAGAAUAUAAAGAGCCUUGGGAUUAUAAAAAUAGCUACUAUCCUAUUACUCUUCCUCUUCGAAGGCCUUAUGCUGGAGAUCCAGAAAUCCUUGAUGAAGCAGAAUUUGGAGAGGCAGCGAGAAACAAGAAAUAUGAUGAGAGUAAAAGUCAUGCUUCUUCAGAGCUUGGCUUAGAGGAUGGAGAUGAGCCAAGACUUAUUUUUUUUCAGCUACCUAACAACUUGCCUUUAGGGAGGAGGGAUAUGGGCGUGCAAUUUAAGACACCUACUGCAAAGGGAAAAGAGGUAGUUGAGGCUCCAACCAGUGCAAAGGGGAAAGAAAAAGUUGAGAAUCAGACAGCUGGGCAAAGAAGCUCUACAGAUAAGGGAUGCAGUUUGAAAGAGUUGCCUAGUGGUCACAUGGGAAAGAUGUUGGUUUACAAGAGUGGUGCAGUUAAAAUGAAGCUGGGAGGCGUCCUUUAUGAUGUAUCUCCAGGAACCCAAAUCUCAUGUCCUCAGCAUGUCGUUGCAAUCAACACUAUGGAUAAGAGUUGCAGUAAGGUGGGAGAUGUCGAAUCGCGUGUGGUUGUCACUCCCGAUAUAGAUGCACUCUUGGCUUCAGUCCUGGAUUUGGAUUGAGAGUCUACUGCACACAAGCUUGACAAGGGUAAAGUUUUUGUAUAUGCAAUUACAGCCAUUAUCAUUGACAUAACAUGCAAAUGGCAAACAAUGUGGCCUAGUUUAACAAUUUGUAUAGAGAGAUGCACGUACUGAAAAUUGAAAGCUAAAUGUAUCUACGAACAAUGAAAUGAAACAAUGGUCCUCCUUGAUAAAAGAGGCACAAACUUUUUGUCUUCGUAUAGGCCGGUAUGAGGAUUUUUUUGAAUUUUUUUACAGAGUUUAUGAACCCUAAUAAUUUAAUUAAAAUUGAAAUUUGUGGUGGACCGGGG